AUGUCACUCAAGCGGAAAGCGCUUGAAGAUGCAAGUGCUCGAUCCUCGAAACGAUCUACGCCUGCUCCCUCCACUCCCAUCAGCCUAGACAGCGAUGAUGACUACUCGGGCUCCGAUGCGAGAUCGCAAGAGGCUAGUGAUAGUGAGAAAGAGCACAUUCGCAGGGCCAGAGCUCGUUUGGACUUCAGUUCCUUUCAAGGUGCCAAACACAAACAAACAACGUCCAUAUUUGGCGAGAAGGAUUUCUCAUGGAUGUCCCUAAAAACUGAUCAUGAAAAUCGACCUCUAUGGAUCGACCCAAAUGUCUCCCUGGGGUCGAAGAAAGGCCCCAAAAUCACACUUGAGAGCUUUUCUCCGUUGUCCGCCCAGGCGACGGAUCUGCUCACCACAAUCGCAGAACCACAAUCAAGACCCUCCUUCCUUCACGAGUACAGAUUCACGGAACACAGCUUGUAUGCGGCUCUAUCGGUAGGUCUCCGUGGUGAAGACAUAAUUCGUGCUCUAGAAAAACUAUCCAAGACACCCGUACCCAAAACUGUGGUCGAUUUUAUCAACCGACACACAAAGACUUAUGGCAAGGUGCGACUUGUCUUGCGGAAUAACAAUUUCUACGUCGAAUCGGACGAACGCGAGAUUAUUGACAUGUUGUUGCAAGACUCCGUCAUUGGGCCUUGUAAAGCACAGGGGACAAAUGUCGAGACCGGCCGAAUUCAAACCAAGGCCACUAUCAUCCAGGGCACCAACAACGCCAAGGGCAUGAGACAGGCUGGUCAGUCGGAGCUCGAAGUCGCUCGAGAUGACCCCACCAAAGAUGAUGAAGCCAUGAUUGCCACAUUGAGGGAUGAAGAAGAUGAGGAGGACAACUUCAAAGAGGCAUCAAGCUUCGAGAUUGCACCCAGCAAACGUGACACGGUUGCAAAGCAGUGUCUUGACAUUGGCUAUCCAGCAAUUUCGGAGUACGACUUUGCUGGCGAUCAAGUUAAUCCUUCGCUUCCUAUCGAUCUACGACCAGCGACGCAAAUCCGGCCAUAUCAAGAAAAAGCCCUUAGCAAAAUGUUUGGUAAUGGUCGCGGCAAAAGUGGUAUCAUUGUGUUGCCUUGUGGAGCUGGCAAAACCCUUGUUGGAAUCACGGCGGGUUGUCAUAUCAAAAAGAGUAUCGUGGUCCUUUGCACAAGCGCCAUGUCUAGUUAUCAGUGGGCAAAUGAAUUCAAAAAGUGGUCUGAUGUUAAAGAAGAAGAUAUCGCCGUUUUCUCGGCCUCCGAAAAGAGGCGAUUUACUGGGGAAUCUGGGGUGCUGGUCACCACUUACUCCAUGAUCACUGCUGGAGGCAAACGCGCCCAUGAUACUCAACAGAUGAUGGACUGGGUCUAUGGCAAGGAAUGGGGCUUGAUGAUCCUGGAUGAAGUCCAUGUUGUCCCAGCCAAGAUGUUCCGAAAAGUCGGCGAAAACAUCCGCGCUCAUUGCAAGUUAGGUCUUACCGCCACCCUGUUGCGAGAGGAUGACAAGAUCACGGAUCUCAAUUUUAUCAUUGGACCCAAACUCUAUGAAGCUAAUUGGAUGGAACUUGCCGCUCAAGGCCAUAUCGCCAAGGUACAGUGUGCUGAAGUCUGGUGUCCAAUGGCCAUGGAAUUCUACCAAGAAUAUCAGAAGGAGACGACUCGCAAGCAGGCCCUGUACUACAUUAUGAACCCCGUCAAGUACCAAGUUUGCCAGUACCUUAUCGACUAUCAUGAGAAGAGAGGUGACAAGAUCAUUGUGUUCAGCGACAACCUGUUCGCACUGAAGCACUACGCAACGUCGAUGGGGAAGCCAUUCAUUUAUGGUGACACCAGUAACCAGGAACGGAUUAACAUUCUCGAGAACUUCCAGCACAACGAAUUGAUCAACACAAUCUUUCUUUCCAAAAUUGGUGACACUUCUCUUGAUUUACCCGAAGCAACAUGUCUCAUUCAGAUAUCAUCACACUACGGAUCUCGACGUCAAGAGGCGCAACGGCUAGGGCGGAUUCUUCGAGCUAAGCGUCGUAAUGAUGAGGGUUUUAAUGCAUUCUUCUACUCCUUGGUCUCGAAAGAUACAACGGAAAUGGCCUACAGUGCGAAGCGUCAAGCCUUUUUGGUGGAUCAGGGUUAUUCCUUUAAGACCAUCACGCAUCUCGCAGGUAUGACAGAUAUGCCGAAUUUGCGGUACAAGGAUGCGAGUGAACGUCACGAUUUGCUCGCUCAUGUCAUGUUGCAACAAGAGACCGCUGCUGAGGUCGAGAAAAUCGACGACAAUAUGUGGAGCCAUCUGAGCGGAGGAGGUAGAUCUGCUGCAGCUGCCAAAGCGAAGGCGAAGAAAUUAGUUGCGCGCAGACAAGCUGUACUACUAUCGGAUGCCAGUGGGGGUGGCAUUAUGGCGCCCAUGUACCGAGAGCAAGAGCGGCGAAGCAAGAAAAGCCUGCAACCCGAAAGCGAAUGGUUCAGAAAGGAGGCCAGACGCAGAGAGCUGGCUGCAAAGAAGCGAAAGAAGGACAGAAUGGACGCUGAAAAGGCUGGCACUUGA